GUUUCCCAAAUGCCAAAAAAUGAAACUCAUAGAAAAGUGUCAUUGACUGAAAUUCCUGAUUUGGAUCAAGCAGAUAAGGAUCAAUUUCAUGAAACACUCACUUCAUAUAUACAUGACGAACUUUCCAACCAAGUUCUUGUCAUUUCCAGGAAGUUGAAGUUCAUGACAUAACUUCUAUAUAUACCCACAGUAAUCGAUGCCUGCAGCCGGUCAGUCCUAUGAGUUCCUUUUUCAGAUAACCUCACUUGGGUUUUUGGAAAAAUUUCAGCUUGAUUUCAAUGUGUGCAUAUGUGAAGUUUAUCAAUCCAAUGACUCUAUUACCAACAUACUACUGAUACCAGGAGUUACAGGAUAUCCAAAAGGUAUUCCUUUGAGUCACCUGUCUUCCAUCUAUGAAAUGCUUUUGAUAGAUCAUGAUAAUUGGGCAAAUUUGGAGUCUAUACAAGUUUGCUAUUUAUUUUCUUUUGCUCUUUCAUCUAAUAGGUAUUCUUGUGAAAUACUUCCAAUGAGAAGUGUUGUGUUUGUAGUCAAUGUUAUAUCGUAAAUGGUUAAGUUCAAGUAGUUGGAUUCCCAUGACAUCUCGUGUAAAAA